AUGGCUGAGUUAAUUCAGGAACAACAAGUGAAAAAACUGAAGAGGCUUCUAGAAGGCUGGCGCAUGGCUCUCUUACCAUUAAAAUCCGUAUUUUUAUGGGAACAACAAUGGCAUCCUUGUGCUAUUCUUGCGGCUGUGUCUAUUUUAUUCUUUUCAAUUUGGCUCAUGGAUCUUAAUACUCUAGCAUCAAUUUCUGUUGUUGGCCUGGUAUUAAACUUUAUUGAUUUUAUAGUACCUAUUAUAUGUGGUACUAUUUACAGUCCUAAUUCAUGGACUGGUCAGAAGGAGAAAAUGUUCGAAGAUAUCUGUACAAGUAUUGUAAUACAUUAUAAUAAAAUAGCUAAUAACGUUAAUUCAUUCUAUGCUAUGAGAGAAAGCAGUCCACCAAUGUACUACAUAAUUUCCAUCAGUAUGCUGUGUAUUUUGGCAUGGAUGGCUGCUUCCAUAAACAACAUCUUUCUACUUUACAUAUUUUCAACAGUAGUGCUCCUCUGGCCUGGCAUUCAGCAUAGGGGUAUUUUUAAUCCUUUUAAAUCAUUGAUAACUAAGGCACCAAAAAUACCUUUGUUAAAAUCAGAU